CUGUUUCUGACAGUUGAAAGGAAGAACUGAGGAGAAAACAAACUAUGAAAACAUUGGUUAUUGGCCUUGGAGGUGUAACAAAUGGAGGGAAGACAACAUUGGCAGAAAAGCUUAAGAAAAUGCUUCCCAACUGUGAUAUAAUCUCUCAGGAUGACUUCUUUAAGCCAGAGUCUGAAGUAGAAGCAGAUGAACGCGGAUUUAAGCUAUAUGAUGUACUUGAUGCCCUCUAUAUGGAUGAAAUGGUGAAGAGUAUUCACAAUUGGAUGAAAAGUCCAGCAAGCUCAGUUGUUGGGACAGAAUUGCCGCAGAAUAUGGACAAUGUUUAUAUUUUGAUUGUUGAAGGCUUUCUGCUCUACAGUUAUGAGCCUCUUAAUGAACUAUGGAAUAGAAGAUAUUUUUUGACCCUUCCUUAUGAAGAGUGCAAAAGGAGAAGAAGCACCAGAGUCUAUCAGCCAGCAGAUACACCAGGGUACUUCGAUGGACACGUGUGGCCUAUGUAUCUGAAAUAUAAAAACGAACUGGAAGAAAAAGCAAGUAAUGUUGUUUAUCUGGAUGGAACAAAACCCCAAGAGGAGCUUUUAUCUUUUGUGUAUAGCGAUAUAAUACAGGAAUUAAAAAAGCUGAGGGAAGCAA